UUUGGAUGCGCUUAAGGUUAAUAAUGCUUGUAAGCCAGAGGUGAAAGUGGCUCAACAGAGCAACACUGGGAAAUCUGGCAGACUGGAAGAGAACAGCUGCCCUGCAGGGCAGCUGCCGAGCGUGAAGCAUGGAGGAGAGUAAGAACGAGAAGGUGAACCAGGCUCACGUUCUCUUCGACAGAUUUGUCCAGGCUUCAACGUGCAAAGGGACUCUCAAGGCUUUCCAGGAGCUCUGUGACUACCUAGAACUAAAGCCCAAGGACUACCGUUCUUUCUAUCACAAACUCAAGUCCAAGCUAAAUUACUGGAAAGCCAAAGCCUUGUGGGCCAAAUUGGAUAAAAGGGGCAGCCAUAAGGACUAUAAGAAGGGGAAAGCAUGCGCCAACACGAAGUGUCUGAUAAUUGGGGCUGGACCCUGUGGCCUUCGUACAGCCAUCGACCUGUCAUUCCUGGGAGCCAAGGUGGUGGUCAUAGAAAAGAGGGAUGCCUUUUCCCGCAAUAACGUUCUGCAUUUGUGGCCAUUCACCAUACAUGACCUGAGGGGUCUUGGCGCCAAGAAGUUUUAUGGCAAAUUCUGUGCAGGAUCCAUAGACCAUAUCAGUAUCCGUCAACUCCAGCUUAUCCUUUUGAAGGUUGCCUUGAUCUUGGGAAUAGAAAUCCAUGUCAAUGUGGAAUUUCAAGGGCUUGUUUACCCUCCGGAGGAUCAGGAAAAUGAAAGAAUAGGUUGGCGUGCAUUGGUCCAUCCAAAAACCCAUCCAGUAUCAGAGUAUGAAUUUGAAGUGAUCAUUGGAGGGGAUGGCAGAAGGAACACUUUAGAAGGGUUUCGCCGAAAAGAGUUCCGUGGUAAACUAGCGAUUGCUAUCACAGCAAACUUCAUCAAUCGUAACACCACAGCUGAAGCCAAAGUAGAAGAGAUCAGUGGUGUGGCUUUCAUAUUCAACCAGAAAUUCUUCCAGGAUCUACGAGAAGCCACCGGUAUUGACUUAGAGAACAUCGUCUACUAUAAGGAUGAUACACACUACUUUGUCAUGACUGCCAAAAAACAGAGCUUGCUGGAUAAAGGCGUAAUACGACAUGAUUAUGCUGAUACGGAAUUAUUACUCUCACGGGAGAACGUGGACCAGGAAGCUUUGCUAAACUAUGCCAGAGAAGCAGCUGACUUUUCCACUAAUCAGCAGCUGCCAUCACUGGACUUCGCCAUCAACCACUACGGGCAGCCAGAUGUGGCAAUGUUUGACUUCACGUGCAUGUAUGCAUCAGAGAAUGCAGCGCUGGUGCGAGAGCAGAACGGCCACCAGUUACUUGUGGCGCUGGUUGGGGACAGUCUCUUGGAGCCAUUUUGGCCAAUGGGAACUGGAAUAGCAAGAGGAUUUUUAGCUGCAAUGGACUCUGCUUGGAUGGUACGAAGUUGGUCACUCGGAGCAAGUCCUUUGGAAGUUCUUGCAGAGAGGGAAAGCAUUUAUAGACUACUGCCUCAGACCACCCCUGAGAAUGUGAGUAAAAACUUCAGCCAUUAUAGCAUUGAUCCAGCCACUCGGUAUCCCAAUAUCAACGUCAACUUCUUGCGACCACAGCAGGUACGCCACUUGUAUAAUACAGGAGAUUUGAAAGACAUACACCUGGAAAUAGAGAAUUUUGUGAACUCCAGGACACCAAAGCUGACUCGGAAUGAGUCUGUAGCUCGCUCUAGUAAAUUGCUCAGUUGGUGCCAGAGGCAGACAGAUGGGUAUGCUGGUGUAAAUGUGACAGAUCUCACGAUGUCAUGGAAAAGUGGCUUAGCUUUGUGUGCCAUUAUCCACAGAUACCGCCCAGACUUAAUAGACUUUGAUUCUUUGGAUGAACACAAUGUGGAGAAGAAUAACCAGCUGGCCUUUGACAUUGCUGAAAAAGAGUUUGGAAUAUCUCCCAUUAUGACUGGAAAGGAAAUGGCAUCUGUCGGGGAACCAGAUAAACUCUCCAUGGUGAUGUACCUCACGCAGUUCUAUGAGAUGUUCAAAGACACCAUCCCUUCUAGUGAUAGUGUGGAUCUGAAUGCAGAAGAAAAGGCCGCCCUGAUUGCCAGUACCAAAUCUCCAAUCUCUUUUCUCAGUAAACUGGGACAAAGCAUAUCUCGGAAACGCACUCCAAAGGACAAAAAAGAAAAGGAAUUGGAUGGUGCAGGAAAGAGGAGGAAAACCAGCCAAUCUGAGGAUGAGGACAUUCCUCGAAGCUACAGAGAAGAAAGACCUACAUUGGUGAGUGCCCUGACAGAGAGGAGAAUUGAUGCUGCCAUUGGGAAUCAGAACAAAGUCAAGUCCAUGGCAACCCAGCUUCUGGCCAAGUUUGAGGAGAAUGCACCGGUACAGUCCUCAACAUUACGAAGACAGCAACCUGUCCUGCCUUAUCAAGAACGCGUUCACAAUCAACCAUCCAGCAGACGAGAGCAGGGCCGUCUAGCUCCUAUACCCCAGUGGAAACAGAUGAGGAGUAAGGAACGUUCUCGGACCUGCCCCAAAAAAGUGAUCAUGCUCUCUUCUUCCACUCCACCUUCCUCUCCACCGUAUCCCAGACUGCAGAGAUACAGGGAUCCUGGUGCUGGAUAUCCUGGGGAGCAGAGUCCCAGACAGGAAAGGAGAUCUCCUCGUUUAUUUUCUGAUGACCAAGUGCCUGAGAAUGUUGAACAAAGGGCAUGUCAGCUGGCUGCCCUCCUGGAGCCCAGGCCUGCAGCGAGGCAUCAGCCUGAGACUGAACCGUCUCGCCGAUUCUUUGUUGACCAGUGGGAGCUCUCCCUUAGCCUCCGUUCUUCUAAUCGCCCUUCUUCACCUUCAUCUGACUCUCUUCGACAGAAGUAUAUAAAGAUGUACACAGGCGGAGUGAGCUCAUUGGCUGAGCAGAUAGCCAAUCAGCUUCAAAGGAAAGAGCAACCCAAAACCCUUCUAGACAAGAAGGAACUGGGCUCACUCAAAAAGGAGUUCCCCCAGAACCUGGGAGGCAGUGAUGUCUGUUACUUCUGCCGCAAGCGAGUCUAUGUGAUGGAAAGGCUGAGUGCUGAAGGCAAGUUCUUCCACCGCAGUUGCUUCAAGUGUGAAUACUGUGCCACCACUCUGCGGUUGUCAUCUUACGCCUAUGAUAUUGAAGAUGGUAAAUUCUACUGUAAGCCCCACUACUGUUACCGACUCUCCGGUUAUGCUCAAAGGAAGAGGCCAGCAGUGUCAGGAAAGGACACCAAAGGACCUCUGCAGGACACUAUGGCAAGUGAUGGAAGUGGACGGGCAAAUUCCAUCUCCUCCUCAGCAGAGAGGGCCCCAGGUCCUAAUGUAAAUGGGCUGGAAGAGCCCAGCCUUGCUAAGCGCUUGCGUGGCACACCUGAGCGAAUUGAGCUGGAGAAUUACCGACUGUCACUGCAACGGGAAGAGGAACUGGAAGAGGUUCCUGAGGAGACACUAGCAGAACAUAAUCUGAGCAGUGUGUUGGACAAAGGAGCAGAGGAGGAUGUGCCCAGCAGCAGUUCAGAGUCUGAGAUGGAGGAGGAAGAUGAAGAUGAGGAUGAUGAACUGCUGCUGCCUCAGCAACCCCCUUCAGACUUGGGAGGUGUGCCAUGGAAAGAGGCUGUGCGCAUCCAUGCCCUAUUGAAGGGGAAGAGCGAAGAAGAGAUUGAAGCAGAGGAAAAUCAUGAGUAUGAUGACAGAGAAGAAGACGAGGAGGAGGAGGACGAUGAGGAAUAUGAAGAGGAGUCUAGCGAAGCUGGAAACCUUAGGCUGCAGCAGAUUGUAAAUCCGGUUGAUCCUCUGGAGAUUCUGGCAGAUGUGCACUGGACACACAUCCGUGAAAAAGAGGAGGAGGAAAAAAUGGUCCCAGCCUCAAAGUCCUCCACCUCCAGAGCGUCCGACCUUCCCUCCGUACGCCAUGAGGCGGUACAGGCGUGGCUGGAGACGGUCCCUGGAGCUUCGUGUGAAGAUAAUGGUGUGGAGGAUGAACUGGGCACAGAGCCUGCAGACACUGAAGGGCAGGCGGGUGAAGAGGGAGACACGGGUGCAGAGCUGGAUGACGAUGACAUCCCAUCUGAUGCAGAAGCCGAGUUUCGCUUACAUCGAGGUAGCGCAGAAGAGCCAGGACUAAAAGUUUCUGAAGAUGAAGAAGGAGCAGAAGAUGCUUCUUGCCACGUGACAGAAGAUCCAUGCAAGCCGUCUGCUCCUAACCAGUCAACUAAUGACAUUGUUCUUCCUCUGUCUCCAGCUGAUAGUCUCAAAGCAGAACAAGCAGAGGAUGUAAAAGAUCCCCUGGCUGCAAUAAAAUCUCCAGAGGCACGCUUUUUCCCUGAGCUUUUCCUUCUUGAGGAAGGACCAAAGGAUGAAAUUCCCAAAGACAGAAAAGCUAAAAGCCCUUCUUUGCCACUUUCUCCUGUGUUAUCUCAGCCGGUUGCAUCACCAGAAACUACUGCACCUACAUCUCCAGCAGAAUCUCAGCCAGCAGCACCAAAAUUGGCUUCAUCUCCAACGUCUUCUCAAAAGCCUAUCUGUUCACAGCCUUUGCCUUCUGCCGAGACAUCCAUUCCAUCCCCAGUGGAGCCUCCAGUAUGUUUCCAGCCUGGCCCAGCGUUAACUUCUACUCCUCUAGCUAAACUGGUCCUCAGGAACCAGGAUAGCGAAGUGGAGAAAUUGGGGAGCCCUACCACUGCAGAAGAAACUCUGAAACGUAGUAACCUCGUAGAAGAGUUCUGGAUGAAGAGUGCUGAAAUCCGCAGGAGCUUAGGACUCACCCCAGUAGACAGAAACAAACGUUCAGAAUCAAACUUUCCUGUAUCUGCCCUUGAGACAACUCCUCUGAAGACUUUUAAUAGUGAGAGUGUCACAGGGGAUGAAAGGAUGCAUCUUGUAAAGCCACAGCCUGCCCCAAGAAGGCAGGGACUGUCUAAGUUAGAAAAUGAGCAAAUUUCUCUGCUCACUCCAAAAUCUCCAUCAGAAAAAGAACUGAGGAGUUCCCAUGAAGUUAAGAGAGAUGUAUCCAGCAGUUCGGGACUUGGUCUUCAGGAGAGCUCAUCUAACAUGAGAACUUUGGCUAGCCAGAGCUUCAACACUUCUGACUCUACUAUGCUUACUCCUCCAUCAAGUCCCCCACCACCACCUCCUCAAGAUGAAGAACCAGCUACUUUGCGUAGAAAAAGGUAUCAAGCACUUUGGCAGAAUGAGGUUGAAUCCAAGUCACCUCCAACACCAGCAUCAACGCCUCCCGUUCCUCCACGCCAUGAGCCAACCUCUGCUGUCAAAGAACCAACGCAGGCCAAAAAGGAUGACGUGCGAAAGUCUUUUGCAGAGAGUGUGGAUGAAAUUCCAUUUGCUGAUGAUGUGGAGGACACAUAUGAUGACAGGACAGAGGACUCAAGCCUUCAUGAGAAGUUCUUUACACCUCCUACCAGUAGGCCACGGCCAGAGAAACCACUUGUUUUGCCCUUGGUGAAGGAAAAUGGUGGUCCACCCUCUAUGGAGGGAGGGGUUAACCAAAAGAAGAGAGUGUUGCCUGAAAUUUCUGCAGAGGCCAAGGAGCUUGCUGAAGAAAGGAUGAGAGCCAGAGAGAAGUCUGUCAAGAGCCAGGCACUACGUGAUGCCAUGGCUAAACAGUUAUGUAAGAUGAAAGAUAUGGAGAUGGCUGCAGCUGCUGGAUCCGCAAGGGCACGAAAGGCAUCUUCUAUGCCUUUGAAGACCAAAGAGUUGUUUCAUGACUCUCCAAAGCACUUGGCAUUGAAAAUAGCAGAGGUGUCCACACUAAAGCAUGAUGCUGCUAGUGAGAAGUUCUCCACUCCUGCUGAUGUGGCUGGACCUGAAGGAUCUGUCACCUCUUCAGAAGGCUCCAGUGGGAAGAGUAAGAAAAGAACUUCUCUUUUCUCCCCUCGUAAGAACAAAAAGGAGAAGAAAUCCAAAAAUGACAGCAGGCUUUCCGACAAAUCUAGUGGUGGGACAGAGGAUACAACGAAGUCCAGGUCAUUAUGGAAGUCUGUUUUUUCUGGGUAUAAGAAAGACAAGAAGAAGAAAGCUGAUGACAAAUCCUGCCCAAGUACUCCCUCAAGUAGUGCUACUGUGGACUCUGGCAAGCACAAAGCAUCUCCGUUGAUUACAGCUGCAGAUUUGCAGCUCCGUCGACACCUGAGUUUCUCAGAGGACUCCGACCUCUCCAGUGAUGAUGUUCUGGAACGCUCCUCCCAGAAAUCCAAGCGAGAGUCGAUUUAUGUACCACACGCCUUGGCAUUCAAGAGAUCAUAUUCGUCAAAGAGAGCCUACACAGAAGAGGAACUGAAUGCUAAGCUGACCCGACGAGUACAGAAAGCUGCCCGCAGACAAGCCAAGCAAGAAGAGCUCAAGAGGUUACAUAGAGCUCAGAUCAUCCAGCGGCAGCUUGAACAAGUGGAAGAGAAGCAGAGACAGCUAGAGGAGAGAGGGGUUGCUGUGGAGAAGGCCCUUCGAGGAGAAGCAGGCAUGGGAAAGAAGGAUGAUCCCAAGCUGAUGCAAGAAUGGUUCAAGCUGGUGCAAGAGAAGAAUGCCUUGGUUCGCUAUGAGUCUGAACUGAUGAUCUUCGCACGGGAGCUAGAACUGGAAGACAGGCAGAGUCGAUUACAACAGGAACUCCGGGAGAGGAUGGCAGUGGAAGAUCAUCUAAAGACAGAUGAGGAGCUCUCAGAGGAGAAGAGGAUCCUGAAUGAGAUGCUAGAAGUAGUAGAGCAGAGAGAUUCUCUCGUGGCUCUCCUUGAGGAGCAACGGCUUCGAGAAAAAGAGGAAGACAAGGACCUGGAGGCAGUCAUGCUUUCCAAAGGAUUUAGCUUGAACUGGUCCUGAGCUCAAUACAUUUACCUCUGCUGGUUUGUGUUCUCCAGUUGGCUUACCCUGAGUUCGCCAGAAUUACAUGGAUAGGAAGAUGUUGAAGGGGAAAUCUCCGAAGGGCCCGACAGCAUGCAGCGAUUUGGUUUGAAGCACUCAGAAGCCUUUUGAUAAGUGUGUUGGCUCCAGAAGCUUAAGUUUUACAUGUCUGCAAGCCAUGUUGAAGAUAAUGAGUGGAGCCUGUGGAGUCUCCUUGAAGUUCAGUACAAUUGACUGCAUUUUAUUUUUUGUUUGGUAGCAGGGAGAGGAAUAAUCCAUGUGUGGGGAAGGAGGUUAAGGGAAGAAGUACCUUAACUAAUCUGGAUUUAUGGCAGUCCAUUCCUUUCCCAUUUUUACUACAACAGUCCUAAUAAGAGGGAGGGAAGUAACAACCCUCUUUGGAAAACCACAGCAGCCUGUAGCAACCUGUUUGAUGGAAUCAGCUAUCCAGGAGAGCUCCAGAAGCCCAGGGCAGCACCUUCUUUGUUUUAGUCUUCCUCCCCACCAAAGAAACUUACAGUUGGUCAUUAUGCAUGGAUAUGAAGAAAUGAGACAGAGAAGACACUACUAGUUAUGCGUGAUGGAACUCUCUGCCUCACGGUUUGUAAAGAGAUUUGGGCAUCAGAAGACUCACUCCCUAUCACAGUCUCCUAAGGCUUUAUUGUUGGGGAAAAAGGGGAGAAGAAGAGACGGAAGAUGCCCUUCUGCUUUGCUACACACUGGAGAGACAGCUGCUGCUGGCCUUUAUCUUCUUGGCCACAGCUCAGAGGCUGAUGGGCUUCUUCGUUCUGUUUUUAUUGCGACUGUUUUGACACUGGAAAAACUGACUGUGGGACAGUGUUGAGUGUGCGCUGGGGCAGGGGUGUUACCAAGCAGCAUUCCCUGGCUGUUCAGCUCCUAAAAGGGAGAAGCCCAUAAGUGACUGAAACCACCAUUAAGACUUUUCAGUGUUUUUAUUUUUUCCUCUAUAUUUUGUUUUUGCACAUUGGAAACGAAGCUUAAGACCUGCCUGGGCCCUCAGUCACUUUGACCCUUUUAUGUCGAUUAACUUAUUUUUUUAAUACUUGAAAGAAAAUUCAUUUUUGUAUCUUUUAGGAAAAAAAAAAAUAUGGAUGAAUGAUAGGUGUGUGUGCCUGCUGCAUCCUACAACUUCCACUUCUAAAUUACUGGACGUUGUUACCUGUGGCUAUUUAUUAGUGUUUUAUAAUGUUACACAUAUUUGAGGGGGACUGGGGGAGUGUUUUAACUCUAUUAGAGGAAGACACUACUGCAGAUUGGUCCCUCUUUCAGAGCAAGGGCAGUCUUUAUGGACCCCAUGGACGCAUCCUGCCCUAGCAAGAUUUCCUUUAUGAUAAAAUCCUGCACACUUGUGGAGUUGUAAGAAUCUAUUUUGUGUUCCUAGCAUACUUUUCUUCUGCAUCCCAAAAAUCCCUCUGUUGGACUAAUAAACCUAUAAUUUAUUUAAAUUUAAAAUUUUUAUAAUGAGAAAGCCAAAAAUGUAAGGCAGAAAUAUCCCAUAUGUCCCUUUCUCACUGAAAGAGGGACCUUCAUACUCCUGAGAUACAGCUAGAGGGACUUUCAUGAAAACAAAAACAGCACAUUUCCUGCUACUUCCUGUUGGAAGAAGCUCCUUUUGGCUCAGCUGGUGAAGCUGCUGCUUUUAAGCUAAGAGGGUACUCAUUAUAAUUGUGUGUUAAGUAAUGCGCAGGUCAUGCACUUAGCAAUUCAGCACCAUCCACUGUUUGACAGAUUCAGGAGCAUGCUACAUCCUUAACUUGUUGCACAGAGCUGCAAUAGCACUGUGUGUUGGGUCUGUGUCCCAUCCUUAACGUAAUGUGUUAAGAAGUUGUUUUUAAUUCGUUUUUGUUUUUCCCCUUGAGUUGUUGCCUAUUUUCUUUUCACGUUAAGGAAAUACUAAGCCUGCUCUCCAGUGUCUUUGGAAAGGUGUUCCAUUCCCAAGCAUAUUCAUACAGCAUGGUGGCUCUUUCAGCUUGAACAUACACUGUUGGUGCAAGAUGCCCAAGCAGGGCUGAACAUCCUUUAAUUCUUUGCCCCAGGGUAAAUGUUAACAUGGUUUACUGCUGCUGACUCUCUGUCUCCUUCAAAGAGGCCAGCUGUCUAUAACCUGAGGUCACCUCUGAUGGAUGAACAUAUGCUGAGGAAGAAUGCUUAGGAUGGUGUCCAAGGUCUGUGAGCAGGGCUGAUUGCUAACUACGGAAACUUGUUUUUUAUACUUCAGGAGUUUCCUCUUUUCCCCUCCUUACCAUUGUCAUUUAAGGCAUUGCAAAUUAAACACAUGCUGUGAAACAAAGCAGGUAGGCAGCUUCAGUGCUACUUAGUAACUAUGCAUGUUAGAAAGUCAUACCCCUAUACCAACCUCACUGGACAAAAUUCUUGAGGAGUGUUGGCCUGCUAAGAGGAUUCGGUUAGCAGAGUACUCCCUAUUUGCCAGGGCAGAGGCCAGCUGUGGAGUCAAACUGGUGGUGGUAAUAGGUUACAUAGUCUGCAUGAGGGGCCAGUGGAACCUGCAGAGGAGAGGAGAAAGAGAGAACCUCAGUAAUUUCCAGUAAAAUGUCCUGCGCAGAGAAUCAGCCUCAGUCCCUUCUGUAGCGUAUGGACCAUAUUGAACUUUUAACAAAAGAUCACUGAAUGUGAGCUGUAUAAAGAAGACGUACCAGGUUAGUACCUACCCCUUUUCAUGCUGGGGGACGUGGGCCAGAUUUUUUCACUGCCUGAGUCUAUCACUUGAGGGUGUAAUGCCCUACUGCAGGGGAAAAAUGCAUAUCCUACAACUGAACUCUCUGAGUUGUGCUGAAGUCCUCCAGCACUCAGAAUGAAAGUGGAGACCUAACAUCGCACACACAGUCAAUUGAAAGUACAUGAAAGGAAACCUUAAAAGGCCUUUUUAUAUCAAAUGGUUUUAAAAGGCACAACUUGUAUUUGCUGUUCAGUUGCACUUUAAGAAUAUAACUUACAUACCAGAUACUGGGUUUUUUUACUGUCUGAAUAUUUUUAAUUCAAACUUUGUAUUUUUAAAGCUAAAGAAGGCUCUUGUGACCACAAGAUCCCUUAUUUGUAUCAGAAUCCAAGUAGGAUGUUCUAGCUCCUUGUGCUAUCCAGGUGCAAAGCAGCACAUGUCUCAGCCAUGUGUAUUCAAUGACGUGUGUCCGUCAAGCACAUGAAGGAAGUGAGAAGGCCCUCAGCUUCUGAGAAUUAGGCAUGCAAAGGUAUCUGCUUGUAUGCCCCUAUGUGACAGUCCCCGUACCAGGGGCUGGCUCCUUCCUCUGUGUCGUGGGAGGAGCACAGAGCUCAGAACCUAACCCACCUUUGUUUCCAAAUGGGCACACUGAGGAUGUGGCAAGCGCUUCAGUCCCCUAAGGGGAAAGGACGUGAUAUCACCUCCUGGAAACACCCAGGAAGCAAGUAGGGAUGGGGGAAUGAAGACUGCCAAAACACCCGAUCUGCUGUUUUCACAGUACAAAUACUUUUUUUUUGUUUUUCAACUGUUCUGUUCCUUUUUCCGUCUUUUCAUUUAAGCUCACAAAUGGCUGUAAGAUCCUGAGCUUCAGAGAACUAUGCAUGGGGAGAUGACAAGAGCAUCUUUCAGCUCCAACAUCCAGACAUGCUCCUUUUUUUUUUCUUUUUCAGCUAACCAAAACCCCAUGGUCUCGCUAGGGCAUGAUACAAACUGCGUCGCUGAACAUAUUUUCAAGCAAACUACAAGUUUUAAAAGUCUGUGCUACUCUCUGUCUCUGCAUUUUAUGUAAAUAUUUGUUUAUAUGUAAAGACACCAGUGGAUCCAUGGGUUACCCCUGCGGUCAAAAACCUGAGUUUGUGCAAUGCCUAGGCCUCUGUUAGAACACGGUGCUUGCAUAGAGCUAGUCACCACAUUUGUGUGCACUCUGGUGGUUUUUAAUAUUUUUAUACAUCCUAAUCCUGAACAUUAUGAAGUAUUAUAAGUGGUCUAGACUGCAUGAUCUAGAGCAGCCAGCAUUUCUGUUUUCUUAGCAGCUGUUCCUAAAAUUUUCACAGCUACACCUUGUUUGGUUAACAUUCUUUUAAAAUGAGUUUUCAAUUAAACGUUUACACCAAGCGCCAGCGGACUAGAAAGGUGUUGCAUUAUAAAAUCUCCUGAGUACAAACUGAAAAGCCACAGCAUGGCUGUAUGGGAAUUUAAAUCAUCACUGUCUGCAAUAAAGAGAACUCUAAAGCAUACUAAUAACCAGCUUGUACAUAGUUGGCGGAGAGAGAUCGCCUGCUCUUGACUGUUGCAAAGUAACAGAGAUUAGAAGCUUUCCAAAUGCCUCCGCUUUUGGAUUGCUCACAAUACUGCUAUAGACAGGGUAGCAGGCAGAUGAGGAUGUCAUUGAAAGUAGGUGUGGAGGAUGCCAAGUUCUGAUGGCAUUGCAGUAAUUUAAAUAUUCUCUGUAUCUGCGUGUGCGUGCGUGCGUGUGUGUGAAGUCUGUUCCAGGUGAAGGGAUAUGCCUUGGCAUCUUCCCCUUUGAAUGAGAGUGAUCUCUGAUACUCAGAUUGUUCAAGGCUUUUAUGGUUGGCAUGUAUGGAGUGUUAACAGAAAAGCGUAUAUACCCAACUUGUUAAACAACAACAGAAAACACCAAAACUGUUCCAGCCUCUUUUCUGUUUGAUUGUUUUAUCAUUUGUUUUUAUGCACACUUGCUUCAUUGGUGUUGAGAUUUUAGCACCUCAGAUGGCCAACUGAACUAAAAGAAAAAAAAAAAGAAAAAAAAUAAAGUCAUUAAUUAUUUUUUCUUUUUGUUCGUGGAA